UGAGAGGCUUUUUGUCACUUGAAUUUCUCUUCUCAUUUUCGGGUCAAACCCUAAACUGUGCAGAAGAUGCUGUCCGAUUGUGCCUGGUCUCCAUAAUAUUCUUCAUGCAUCCAGUUCUCAUUUAUCCUUGUAAGACACAUGAUACAUACGUAUAUGGUGUAUGCCAUCUCCAUCAUCUCGUUUAGUAUUUCAAGGCCUCUCUAUAUCCGAAAUCCAGAAAUUCAUUCCUAAAAAGUGGAAACAAUAUGUCAAGCCUGUAGACAUUCAAUCCAACCAACCAUCUGCAUCAUACAAUAACCAAAAGCAAGAGUUGAAAACGUUGACAACUGAUGAUGAAUCUAUGUUAGAAAACCUUGUUACAUCUCUCAAGGAAUUUGUUAGCCAAGGACAUCUACUGAAAGCAUUCAAAUCCUUUUCUCUAAUCCAGCAACAUGUCUCUUCCACUGCUUCUUAUGAUGUUAUCUUACAUCCCAUGUCUUCUCUUCUUCUAUCCUGUACCAACCUUAAAUGGCUUCCACCAGGUAAACAACUUCAUGCCCAAAUAAUCUCUUUGGGUUUGGAACAGCACCCUGUUCUAGUUCCCAAGCUUGUCACAUUUUACUCAACAUUUAAUCUUCUGGACGAUGCUCAAGUUGUUACUGAGAAUUGUAAUUUUUUCCACCCAUUACCAUGGAAUUUGCUUAUAUCUUCCUUUGUUAAGAAUGACCUUUUUGAGGCGGCUCUCUCCGCCUAUACUAAAAUGGUGAAUAAGGGAAUCAGACCAGAUAAUUUUACCUACCCAUCUGUUCUUAAGGCUUGCGGUGAGAAAUUGGAUGUAGAUUUUGGGAGGAUGGUUCAUCACUCGAUUAGUGGUAGUCGUCAUGACUGGAAUCUGUAUGUGCAUAAUGCUUUGAUUUCCAUGUAUGGGAAAUUUGGACAAGUGGAUGUUGCGCGUGACUUAUUUAACAAAAUGCCAGAGAGGGAUGAUAUCUCUUGGAAUGCAAUGAUCAAUUGUUAUGCCUCCAAGGGCAUGUGGGGAGAGGCAUUUAAGCUCUUUGAUUGCAUGCGUGCUGAAGAUAUUGAGCUGAAUUUUAUAACUUGGAACACUAUAGCUGGAGGGUGCUUGCGAACAGGGAAUUUUAAGGGGUCAUUGGAGUUGCUUUCUCAGAUGAGAAGUAGCGGCAUUCAUUUGGAUCCAGUGGCAAUGAUCAUUGGGUUGGUGGCCUGUUCACAUAUUGGGGCCUUAAAGUUGGGGAAAGUGAUUCAUGGUUCUGCAAUUCGGAGUUGUUGUGAUACAUUUGGGAAUGUUGGAAACGCAAUGAUUACAAUGUAUUCCAGAUGCAAAGACCUAAGCCAUGCCUCUAUUGUGUUUCAGUCCAUAGAAGAAAAGAGUAUAAUUACUUGGAACUCAAUGCUUUCUGGGUAUACCCACUUGGAUCGAUCUGAAGAAGUGUCCUUUCUAUUUCGGGAGAUGUUGCUUUCUGGGGUUGAACCGAACUAUGUUACAAUUGCCAGCAUCCUGCCUCUUUGUGCUAGAGUGGCAAAUCUGCAACAUGGCAAAGAAUUCCACUGUUACAUAACCCGGCGCAAAGAUUUUGAGGACUGUUUAUUACUGUGGAAUGCACUUAUAGAUAUGUAUGCAAGGUCAGGAAAAGUUCUUGCAGCAAAACGCGUGUUUGAUUUGAUGAGAAAGAGGGAUGAAGUGACCUAUACUUCUUUGAUUGCUGGAUAUGGGAUGCAGGGAGAGGGACAAGCUGCUAUAAAGCUAUUUAAAGAGAUGAUUAACCUUCAGAUCAAACCAGAUCAUGUAACAAUGGUGGCUGUUCUAUCAGCUUGCAGUCAUUGUGGUCUAGUAAUUGAAGGCCAAAUUUGGUUUGAAAAGAUGCAAAGUUUCUAUGGUAUAAUUCCCCAUUUGGAGCACUUCUCUUGCAUGGUUGACCUCUACGGGAGGGCUGGUUUGUUGAAUAAAGCAAAGGAAAUCAUCACAAGGAUGCCAUACGAGCCAAGCGCUUCCAUGUGGGCCACUCUCUUGGGAGCCUGUAGGAUCCAUGGAAAUAGAGAUAUAGGGGAAUGGGCAGCUGAGAAAUUGUUGGAACUUAGACCUCAAAAUUCAGGUUACUAUGUAUUGAUCGCUAACAUGUAUGCUGCAGCUGGUUGUUGGAGCAAGCUAGCAAAAGUCAGGAGUCUCAUGAGGGAUUUAGGUGUAAAGAAGUCUCCUGGCUGUGCUUGGGUUGAUGUGGGAUCUGUAUUUUCUCCAUUUGUUGUGGGGAACACAUCAAAUCCUUAUGCACAGGAGAUUUACCCAGUAUUGGAUGGACUGACUGAACUAAUGAAGGAUGCUGGUUAUGUUGCUUGGGACAAGUUUGGUUUGGAUGGUGAAGUUCUUGAAGAAAUUGAAUGAAAAUAGGUAUUUCUACUAGAGCACGAAUCCUUGUGGUUCACUAAUAUUGUGUUGUAGGGUCCCCAAGAAGAGCAGUGAAAACAUAAAGAAGCAUACUAGCAGAAAGAGGCUGUAAGUGAAACAUUUUUCUCAAGGGGAUUCCAUGUUGAAUAGAGAAAACAUAACACAACAACUGGUCCUCAAUACUUUGUGAACUUGGAGCAUGAUGGAACUGUUUUAUCAAAUUUCUAUCUGUUCCCAUUUCUGAUCACUCAUAUUUGGUGCCGAUAUAAGCUGAUUCUUCUUAGUCUUUGACAAUUUUUGGCAAUCCAAGGUCUGUGUAAGCUAUUACCAUUCUUCAACAGUUAUAAGUUAACAGGGUUGAAUGACAUUUGUUUGCAAUGUAGUGAAUUUUUUGAAACAUAAUUAAAUAUGGACAUUUAUUUUCCUGUCUCACUGAAAACAAAAUCCAUCCUGCAAACUUAGUUGUUGGGCUUUUUAUUAUUCUCCUGUUUUGAAUAUUGUGGUAACUAAGUGCAUUUUGGCUGCUGCUAAGCUAAUAUGCAACCCAAAAUCUCAUUAUAGUGUUAGGAUGUGUCAGGGAUUCACUUCAUAAUACCUUGUUAGCUACUGCCAGUUUGAUAUCAAAGGUUUCAUCAAGCCAGACGGACUAGGUCCUUGUGCAAAGGCAGAAGGUAGCUCAACACUGUUAAAGAUGCAUUUGGAUUAAUGUGUAUUCUUCAUCACAACUUCUGAAUGACUACUAAGUAUUUACUAAUUCGUUUUAUGAAAAAUCUACCUUUGUAUGCUUUUCAUACAUUGAGAGCGCUCAUACAUGUCUAAAUUCUUAUGUUUGCGGCGAUUCAAUUUGCUGAGCUCAAUAAGAUCAAGGGAAUGCAUCUGCUUGUAGAAAAUCUGGAGUAAUUCUUAAGGUUUCUACUUUUUGUCAUGCUAAGAUGCCAGGGAAAACUAAUUUUUUGUUUCGUUUUCUCUUCUUGAGCAAUUUCAUUCUUCCCUUAUAGCUUUUUUGUGCUAGUUUAUAAUUCUGCCUAACUUUCUUGUCAGAGGAUUUAAGGGUUCUAAUCUGAUUACGUAUUUGUUUCUUACAUAUUUCCCUAAGUGAAAGAGCAUCUAUAAACGUUUUACUAUACUUUAACUCAUUGGAAUUGGGUAAUACUGUUUACUUUCUUUAACUUUGUAGGUAGAUUUGAUUUUCUUUUAUGCUUAUGGAGAACAUGAAUUUGUUGAGGGCUCAAUUGCUGAUCUUGGAAGUUGGAACCACUCAGGUCAGUGUUUUGCUUUUGGGGGCUACUAGAGCUGAUUAGUGGUUUGAUUCUCUUAAUCUCACUCGAACAAAUUGUUUGUUCUUACUAUGCUAAACUGUUAGAUUUUGGGCUAUUCUUGUCAAGAAAGGGGCAUGCUGAUUUGGUAUUAAACCCCCAAUGUUUUAAUGAAAAGUAUAUGUAUUAUGAUUAUUGUUCAAAUAGAAGGUUUCAAUGUCAGAGGAGGGAAUUUGGAAUUCUAAACAUUAACCUUUGAAUAGAAUAUUGCCGCUUUUCAUCUUUUUUCCAUUUGCAUGUACAAAGCUUGAAUAGUUUUAGCAUUAAUUUAGGAAGGGAAUGGCUGGAUAUCUUAUUUUCCUUUCUUUAGAUAAAAUUGAAGGCAGCAUUCUAUGAGGGGAACAAAACCAUGAAUCCAAUGAUUACUGCCACGAGUCCAUCGACAUAUGGGUCACCGCAGAAUUUAGACAUUACCAACUAGGCAAAGAGAAGGUGACCAUGAGGGUGUUAGUGAGGAUUUCUUGGUGCCGUUUUGUUCUUUUAUAGUGAAAUUCAUUGAGAAUGGUUGCACUGACCAAGUGAGCACUGUAGCAGUUUGAGGUUUUUACACAAGCCUGCUUGCUGCUAUGUGCAUGUCUGUCCAAUUUCUGGAGUUACAUAGGGAUAUCCAAAAGCAUGAAAUCCCUACAAUGAACUUGAGGGCUCUAUUCAGUCAUUGCAAGCAAGAUCUGGAAGCAGUGUGACUUAAAGUUGCUUAUUAUGUCUAUAACAAACUGCAUCUGGAAAUAGCAGGUAUCUCCCUUCAACAAGAUCUGUUUUGUUGUCUUGUCUUUUUUUUUUCC